AUGAGCCUGCUGCAGGGGCUCAGCGACGGGGAGGAAGAAGCGGAAGGGGGAGGGGAGGCGGACGGGGAGGGGGAGGAGGCGGCGGAAGGGGGAAGAGAAGCGGACAGGGAGAGGGAGGACGUGGGAGGAGAGGCGGAUGGGGAGGAGGGUGAGGGGGAAGAACGCGACAGGCAAGGGGGUGAGGUGGGAGGAGAGACAGACGGGGUGGAGGGUGAGGCGGGCGGAGUGGCGGACUUUGAGGGGGUCGGUGAAAAGGAGGGAGAAGAGCGAGCAGCCGUGCGGCAGCAGCAGGGGCAUGGAGGGAAUUCGCAGCAUUGUCAAACGGACCACGAGUUGGGUGCUGAUAACAAUGGCCAGGACGAGCAGGUGCUGUUAGCUCCUCGUGCCGUUGAGUGCGGUGGGGAGGUUGUGGCAGCGGUAGAACGGAGUGCUGUUGCUCGCCAAUGCGGUGCAGGCGAUGGUGCUACUGUGGUGGCUGUAACGGAGUGUAACACUGUGACGGAGUGUAGCACUGUAACGGACUGUGGCUCUAUCGCGUAUUCGAGCUCCGUGGCUUGUUCUACAACCGCAGGGCCGGGGAAACAGGCGGAAGGGUGCGCGGAAGGGGACAGGGGGGAAAGCAACGCACAGGGUGAGGAGGGGAAUGGGGGAUUUAAGGCGCAGGGUGGCAGGGUGGGUGAGGGGAGAGGCACAGGGGAUAAGCGCAGGGGCAGGGACAGGGGGCGGGGGAGGAGAGGGGCUUUGGGAGGGGUACGGGGGAGGAAGGGGCGGAGGGGGGGAAGAAGCGGAGGUGGGGGAGGUGGUGGGGAAGUGUCAUGGUUGGACGAGGGAUGUUUGGAGGAGUUGGGUGCGGUGGAGGCGGGUUUAGAGGAGAGCGUUCAGUCGAACGACGUGGAGGUGGAGGGGAAUGGGGGAAGGGAUGUGGCCGGGGCGGAGGGGAGUGCGGUGGAGUGGGGAGGCGGGGGCGAGGGGGAGGAGGUUGACGGGGGGACGUGUGGGGAGAGCCGUUUAAAGGGCACGAGAGGGGAGGAAGGGGAGAAGGAGGGAGAGGAGGGAGAGGAGGGAGAGGAGGGAGAGGAGGGAGAGGAGAGGGAGGAGCGAUAUGCGCGUUUGAGGGAUCUAAAUGAUGGUGAGGGAGUGGAUGAUGGGAAGGGUGUGGAGGAGGAAAGGGGAGUGGUGGAAGGGGAAGGGGUAAAAGAUAAGGAGGGGGCUGAUGGCCGGGAGGGGUUGGAAGAGGGGAAGGGACCGGAGGAUGGGGAGGAGAUGAGGGAUGUUGAUAAGAAUGGAGGGAAGAACGAGGAGAGAGAGGAUGGGGGGAACUGGGAGGGUGGGAGGAUUUGGGUUGACAGAGAGGAAGGUGAGGAGAGAGAAGGGGACAGACGGAAGGACGACGAGGGAGGGUUGGGAGAUGCGAGGAGGGAAGAAAAGGAGGUCGAAGGUGGUGGGGCAGGAGGAGAGGCGAGGCGGAAAGAAGGGGAGGGUGACGCAGAUGGGGCAGGGGGGCAUACGAGGAGAGAUGAAGGGGAGGGUGAAGCAGGAGGGGCAGGGGGCGAGGCGGGGAGGGUGGAUCAAGGGCAGGGAGGAGGUGGGAAGGGACGGUACUGGGGGCUGGUGAGCGUGGGCGUGCUGGCAUGGCUGAGAGAAGAGGGGACGGAGGAGGUGAGGGGGGAGAUGAGGGAGGAAGUGAGGGAGGAAGUGAGGGAGGAGUGGGAGGAGGAGGUGAGGGAGGAAAUGAGGGAGGAAGUGAAGGAGGAGGUGAGGGAGGAAGUGAGGGAGGAAAAGAUGAAAAGGGACGAGAGGGGCGGAGAGGGGGUGAGGGAGGAGGAAGAGAGGGAGGAGGAGAGGGAGGAGUGGGAGGAGAGGAAAGAGAGGGAGGAGAGGGAGGAGAGGGAGGAGAGGGAGGAGAGGGAGGAGAGGGAGGAGAGGGAGGAGAGGGAGGAGAGGGAGGAGAGAGAGGAGAGGGAGGAGAGAGAGGACAGGGAGGCGGAGCACACAGCUGGUGCAGGGGUACUGGAGGGGGAUGGAGACUCAGUGAAGGGUGGGGAGGUUAGAGGGUUGAAUCCCCUCUCGGCAGGCAGCAGCAGCGCCGUGGCUGCAGAUACGGGCGCUUUGCAAUCCGCAGCCCACCUGUCCGUUACUGACAGCAGCACCUUGGCUGUUGGUACGGGCGCUUUGAAAUCACUCCUGGAGGAAAGCAGGGCGGUGGUAAUGCGUGGAGGGUCGGCAGAGGGUGAGGAAGAAGAGCAGGGGCGUGGGUUGAGCCCGCUCCUGGCGAGCAGUAGGCGAGCCAUGAGCAGAAUGGAAGAGGCGAGGAGGGAGGGCGUGGGGGAGAGGAGCGCGGGGAGUAUGGUUGUGAUUGGAAUGGAGGCGGAUGGGGAGGAGGAGGAAGAGGAGGGUUCAGGGGUAGUGGCCAUGCCUUGUGUAGAAGGGAAUGGGAUGGAGGAGGAAGGUGGGAUUAAAAAAGCGGUUGAGGGAGGAGUGGGGGGCGAGAGGCCGGGGGAAGGAGAAGGGGAUGAAGUGGCUGGGAGUAAAGCAAGCGUGGUUACAAAGUUCGAUGAAAAACCAUUUGAGGCCAAUGGAAGAGAGAGGGAUGGAUUGGACUGGGUGAGAGAGCCGCUGGUACUAUGA